CAUCCUCCCCACCCUGCCAACAACAUGCACCUUGCCAGUUUGGUCAGCUCCUGCUCCCUCCUACUGCUAUUGGGGGCCCUUCCUGGAUGGGCAGCCAAUGAUGACCCCAUUGAGAAGGUCAUUGAAGGAAUCAACCGAGGGCUGAGCAAUGCAGAGAGAGAGGUGGGCAAGGCCCUGGAAGGCAUCAAUAAUGGAAUCACUCACGCUGGAAGGGAAGUGGAGAAAGUUUUUAAUGGACUUAGCCACAUGGGAAGCCAGGCCGGCAAGGAACUGGACAAAGGCGUCCAGGGGCUCAACAACGGCUUGGACAAGGUAGCCCAUGGGAUCAACAAUGGCGUCGGACAAGCAGGAAAGGAGGCAGAGAAGUUUGCCCAUGGGGUCAACCAUGCUGCUGGACAGGGCGCUCAUCCAGGCGUUUCCACCGGCCAGCACGGAGGGGGCGCAACCACAACAGCAACAUCUGGAGCCUCGGUCAACAAGCCCUUCAUCAACUUUCCAGCUCUGUGGAAGAGCGUCGCCAACAUCAUUCCCUAAACUGACACACUGGCCUCACUCAGCAGACAGCCAUUCCUGUUAUCAUACUAGCUGAAAUGACCCGGAGGAGCUGGG